CAACCCAGCUUCAGUAAAUCUCAGUCUCGAGAGUUACUCAAAUUUGCCAGGGACGUGGCGAGCGGCAUGUCCUUCAUAUCCUCACAAAAGUGCGUGCAUCGUGACCUAGCUGCACGUAACGUGCUGGUGAGUGAUGACUUGGUUUGUAAAGUGUCUGACUUUGGACUGGCCCGUGACGUCAUGAACAUCCGCAUCUACCAACGAGAAUCAAAGGGAGCUCUUCCCAUGCGUUGGAUGGCUUUGGAAUCUCUCCUUAGUGACGUGUACACAACGGAGAGUGACGUAUGGUCUUUUGGGGUUCUCCUGUGGGAGAUUAUCACUCUUGGUGCCAGGCCAUACGCGA